AUGCCUUCAGAUCGCAUCACCCCACCAUCGGCUUUGCUUCUACUGCCGCCUCCUCCAAUUGUAUCUUUCGAUGAAUUCCGAACAGUCUACGAGCCAGUAUUAUCUUCGGUCUUCGCCAACCUCUUAAAUGCGCUCAAUGGUUCAAAUCGCACCGCUUCUUUGGAUAUUGCACUCUCAUUGCCUGGUCUCCUGUCGCCAUCAUGUCAGCCGCCGACGAGAGCUUUCGCGAGCCUUCAACGCAUAGUGGAACAUAUGUACAGGCUCAUUGGGGUCAUUUCCAUUGAACGGAAAAUUGAAAUGGAGGCUCCCGGUGGCAUUGACUCGCGCGUGAUCUUGCUGGAUUUCGACUCUGUCCGAGGAACACCAGCUACAGCUGCUAACUCUGGUCUGGUCGAGCGCAACGGCCCGAUUGUUGAUUUGAAAACUUUGGCUAGCUCCGGGCGCCUGUGGGAUAAUAUUUACUAUCCGGAAACCUCGGUAGGCCAGGAGCUGGCGACGGCGUUUAGUAAUAUCUAUACCUCAACCAAAGACCCCAAUGGCGGACUGCCGCAGUCAAUUUCGGGAUCGCCUCAAUGGACUCCGGGUCAAUCUUUGGUGGAUUCUGCGGGAUCGGUCGGAUCUGCCCUACAUCACUCAGUCAUCUUGGGAGGCACCUUUGACCACUUUCACAUCGGGCACAAACUUUUGCUCACGGCCACUGCUCUUGUCCUGCAACCUGCGGGAACUGGCCCGACCGGCCAGAAUAGGACCAUCACGAUCGGUGUGACGGGCGAUGAGAUGUUGAAGAACAAGAAGUACGCUCAGUUCCUGGAGAGUUGGGACGAGCGGUGUCGAAGUACGGGCGCGUUCUUGACCUCGAUCAUGGACUUCGGGCCUCCCGAAACGGAGCCUGCCCACAUUGAGCGAAUCUAUAAUCCGGGACCGAACGGGAGACAGAUAGUGAUGAAGAUCAGGCCUGGAAUAACCCUGAAAAUGGCGCAAAUACAUGACCCGUAUGGACCAACCAUUACCGAGGAGGAUUUAAGCGCCUUGGUCGUCUCCAAAGAGACACGCUCAGGGGGCGCCGCGGUCAAUCAGGAGCGAGCCAAACGGGGGUGGAAGCAGCUGGAGGUGUUCGAGGUUGAUGUGAUUCAUACAGGCGAAGUGCCUCCAGGAGAUGUUGAGGACUUUGCGUCCAAAAUCAGCAGCACAGAUAUCAGACGACGACGCAUGGAGCUAGCUAUGAUAUAAUAUGCCUAGACAGUGUACGAGUGGUAGUGUAUGGAUAUAUGAUUUACAGUCCCUGGUAGGUCUCGUAGCCUUCUCGAAUAACAGAACUGGGGAGGGAGACUUA